CUUGCACCGCCCGCGUGUCCCAUCCAAGAUGGCAGCCAGGCGCGAUCUGAGGUGUUCGCGGCGGUUACUGUGGAGGUUGUGGCGGGUCCCGACCGGUCCACAGAACCGGGGAUCCGGCCUGGGCCUACAAGCGAGGACUUACUCCCAGGGCGACCGCUCAUACUCGCGCACCGCGCUCUACGAGCUGCUCGGCGUCCCCUCCACGGCCACGCAGGCGCAAAUCAAGGCAGCUUACUACCGGCAGAGCUUCCUCUACCACCCGGACCGCAACUCGGGGAGCGCCGAGGCUGCCGAGCGCUUCACGCGCAUCUCCCAGGCCUACUUGGUGCUGGGCAGUGCCACCUUGCGUCGCAAGUAUGACCGCGGCCUGCUCAGCGACGAGGACCUGCGCGGACCUGAUGUCCGGCCCUCCAAGGGGCCCGCCGGCGAUGACCGCUCGCCCCGCGCCCGGCCACCUGCCUCUUGGGCCCACGACCGCGGUCAGGCCGCGGCGGGCGCCAGCCGCACCAUGUUCAACUUCGACGCCUUCUACCAAGCGCACUACGGAGAGCAGCUGGAGCGCGAGCGGCGCCAGCGGGCCCGGCGAGAGGCCCUGCGCAAGCAGCAGGAGGACCGGGCCAGGAAGGGCUUCCGCUGGGACGAGACCCGAGACACGACUUUUGUGUUCCUUCUCCUCACAGCCUUCGUCCUCAUAGGCUUUCGUUUUUAAUCGGAGAGAGGAGGAGGAGGACAGGGCAGCCGCCCCCAGCCAGCCCCGAGAAAAUGGCCUUUCCGGUCUGCUUGAACCCUUUGCCUUCGGUAGUCUACCUCUGCUGGGGUCCGGAGGAGCUGCCUACCCCCCUCUUCGUCCCCGGCCGCCCAGCUUAGCCAUCCACCUGCACGCCCCUCCCCCACGGCCCCGGGAAGAAGGCUUUCGGAUGCCCAAGAAAGAGGCCCCGAGAAGAAGAGUCCCGAAAGCCCGAGAGGGAAGGGUUUUCUGGAGUCCCUUGGGUGCCCGCUUCCAGAGGUUGCCUUCCUGAUGUUGUCAACUUCUGGAACACGCGGUCUGGCUUUGUUCUAAAGCUCGGGGCAAGCCCUGUCUGCUCCUGCCCCCGCGUUCGUCCGGUGGGGCGCCUGUGUAACCUUGAACCGUGCCAUGUGACCCAUUGUUGGCUGCCAAAAGAAAAAUCCUGGGGUUGUACGAACCUUGUCUUUCUGUGAGUUCCCCAGCCACAGGUGAGACGUGACGUAGGGAAAGAAUGGGACCUUUGGAAACCUUGCCACUCUUGAUCAGCCCCAGGCCCCACUCCCCCUUCCGCUGGUGCCAUGUGGGAGCAGGAAAGCAAGGUCACCGAGCGUAAGGGACCAGAGUGCCUCUGUAGGACCUCGGAGAAAUUACUCGGUGGCAUGGCCACAGAGGAACAAAUCAUUUUGCUCUCUUGAGGUCUGUCACACUUUAUUAUCCAUAGUUCUAAUGGGCUCAGGGAUUAAAACAUGAUGUUAGAGUCCAGUUUAUCCUUGGGACAGUGUGCCCCUUGCUAACUGUACAGUCCUGUCCCUUCCCCGAAAGACCGCAACAAACUGGAAAUUUGAAUCCGGCAAACUGGGAUGGCGGCCUGUCCUCUUGUUGAACCUCACAAGUCAAGUCCUUGAAACCUGGCAGCUCGAGCGUGGCGUCGACGGUACUUGUCAGGGAGAGGAGGCAUGUGGUGGAAACUUGGUUCUUUAUUCAGAGCUGGCUGGGGCUUUUUUCUCUCUCCGUGUCUAAGUCGAGCUAAGCAGUACCGGUCACCGCUUGGCUGGAGCUGUAGUAGUCAGGCUCUUGAUUCUGUGUCCCUGAUUGUGGUGGUGGGGGGCGGGGAGGGGGGCUGUGGGAGUUCAGCAGCUCAGGUGUUCCUGCACUAGGGCUAAGUGGAAAGCUGUAGGAUAGGAAAACCUUCGCAAGAGAUCUACCACAAGAGUGAGGACAGAAGUGUAGGUUCUAACCAAAGCCAGCGGUGCCUAGGUAUAUUAGUAAGAACUGCUCUUGAGAAAUCCUAAUAAUUAGGAUAAGGCCACAGCUAGUUCAAAUUGGUGUCUCAGAAAUGAUUUUGAUUUUAGCCUUGGAGGUU